UACCAGGGUAUAUUUUUCCUUUCAAAAUUUUGAACGUGAUAUAUGUCUCUUGGUCUGUUUAGAGUUUUAUCACAUGUCCAUUUGGAAUAGAAUAUGUUGGCCUAGUAAUGGUCACAUUCGGUAUAUGUGAUUCGAUAGUUAGUCUUCUUGUUGGCUUUGUCCAUAAACGUAUCGGACGACUACCGUGUAUAUUGGUUGCUGCGUUGUUUAGCUAUGGCCUAUUCGGAGCAUUGCUCAAAUGGCAACCGACACAAAUGUAUCCUGUGUUCAUUAUAGGUGGUCUAUUCGGAGUUGCUGAUGCCAUAUUUGAUCCGAUCAUAACGGGUCAGUUUUGUAUGCCUUUGGUAUUGCAUUUAUACAUUUUUGUUUGUGUUUCAGCUAUCUACGGUACUAUAUUUUCGAAAUCACUUGAGCCAGCCUAUGCUACGAAUAGUGUGUGUCAACAGUUAGGCUUUAUGAUAAUAUUUCUCUACGCAUCUUUAUUGAAAGUGCAAGUGUCGAUUAUUCUGCAGAUUAUUUACUUGACUAUUGCUAUGACAGGUUAUCUACUUAUGGAAUAUAUUGAACGAAAAAAACCAAAAGAUAGCGAUGACGACGACAAAACUAAUACAAUGAGCGAACAAUAUUGA